UUAGCAGGUCGCCGAGGAUGCUCGGCCAUUAAACUUCUGCUGACACGGAGUGAGGAGCCGAAGUCAUGACAAAGAAGUUCGAGUUCAACUGGCAGAUUUCCGUCCCAGAACCGCUGCUCAAGGGCGCGGUUUUCGACAGAUGGACGGAAGAAAAGGACAACACCGAGCUGGAGCAGAACUGUCUGUUCAAGGUCGACGAAUAUGGCUUCUUUAUCUACUGGAAAAGCGAAGGCAAGGACGGCGAUGUUAUUGAAUUAUGCCAAGUCAGUGACGUCAGGUCGGGAGGUGUGCCCAAGGACACAAAGCUGUACACAAAUCUACUAAACAAACAUGGCGACGCGUUGGAGGACAAAUCGUUGACGAUCUGCAGCGGCACAGACUACAUCAACAUCAACUAUCAACACGUCGUAUGCCCCGAUGCCGACACUGCUAAGGCGUGGAAGGAGAGCCUACGCGCGAUCACCCACAACAACAAAAUCAGCAACACCUGUCCAAGGACCAAUUUGAUGAAGCAUUGGAUGCGCCUCUGCUUCCUGACGGAUCCUCGUGGGAAGGUGCCAGUUAAAGUGGUGGCCCGUACAUUCGCGUCGGGAAAAACUGAAAAGUUGGUCUACCAGUGCCUGGCCGAUCUUGGCCUACCAUCGGGGAAAAAUGACGUUAUGGAGAAAGAGGCAUUUACAUUUGACAAGUUCUACGCUCUCUAUCACAAGAUCUGUCCUAGGAACGACAUUGAGGAGCUAUUUAGAUCCAUUACCCAAGGCAAAUCUGACCGUAUAACCUUGGAGCAGUUCGUGAACUUCCUUAAUGAGAAGCAGCGAGACCCUCGACUGAACGAGAUCCUGUACCCGCUGUAUGAUGAUAAGAGGGCUGCAGAGAUUAUCACUGAUUAUGAACAAAAUGAGGAAGCUAGAAAUACCAAAUGCCUCACAAAAGACGGUCUAAUCCGAUACCUAAUGUCAGACGAGAACGCACCAGUAUUCCUCGACCGCCUCGACAAUUACAUGGAAAUGGAUCAACCUUUGGCGCAUUACUACAUAAACUCGUCUCAUAACACUUAUUUAUCGGGAAGACAGUUCGGAGGGAAAAGUUCUGUCGAGAUGUAUCGACAGGUCUUGCUAGCUGGAUGCAGAUGCGUAGAACUCGACUGCUGGGACGGUAAAGGCGAGGAUGAGGAACCAAUCAUCACUCACGGCAUGGCAAUGUGUACAGACAUCCUCUUCAAAGACGUGAUAUACGCCUUAAGAGACACUGCCUUUGUCACAUCGGAUUACCCUGUCAUUCUGUCGUUUGAAAACCACUGUUGCAAGGCCCAGCAAUAUAAGCUUGCGAAGUACUGUGAUGAGAUCUUGGGGGAUUUGUUGCUGAAGGAACCGUUGCCAGAAUACCCGCUAGAACCAGGCGUUCCCCUGCCCCCACCAUCAGCCCUCAAACGCAAGAUCCUCAUAAAAAAUAAGCGGCUAAAGCCUGAGGUUGAGAAGCAAGAACUGGAGCUGUUCAGGCAGGGUCAGUUCGUCAUUGAAGACGAAGAAAAAGAAGACGCUUCUGCGGUUGCCAUUCCUGAUAAAAAGCCCGAAGAGAUAGUAGCAGAAGCCGCAGCAGCUAGUGAUGACGCACCGCCUCCAGUGGCGUACACCGGCUCCACCACAAACGUGCACCCCUGGCUCUCUUCCAUGGUGAACUACGCGCAACCUAUCAAGUUCCAGAGCUUCGAGGAGGCCGAUAGGCGUAACAUCCACCACAAUAUGUCCUCGUUUGCUGAGACGACGGGCAUGAGCUACCUCAAGUCGCAGGCCAUUGACUUCGUCAACUACAAUAAGCGGCAGAUGUCGCGUAUCUACCCUAAAGGGACUAGAGCUGACUCCUCUAAUUAUAUGCCACAGGUAUUCUGGAACGCGGGCUGUCAAAUGGUCUCGUUGAACUUCCAAACGUCAGACCUGCCGAUGCAGCUGAAUCAGGGCAAGUUUGAAUAUAACGGCAACUGCGGGUACUUGCUAAAACCAGACUUCAUGCGGCGCGCUGACCGAUCUUUCGACCCGUUUGCCGAUGCUCCUGUGGAUGGCGUGAUUGCCGCUCAGUGUGCUGUGCAAGUUAUCGCAGGUCAGUUCUUGUCGGACAAGAAAAUCGGGACGUACGUAGAAGUGGACAUGUACGGAUUGCCAUCUGACACCAUCCGGAAGGAGUUCAGGACUCGUAUGGUGCCCUCCAAUGGGCUCAAUCCUGUUUACAAUGAGGAGCCUUUCCUGUUCCGUAAAGUGGUACUCCCGGACUUGGCGGUGCUCCGCUUUGGCGUGUACGACGAGAACGGCAAACUCCUCGGCCAGCGGAUCUUGCCCCUGGACGGACUGCAGGCAGGCUACAGGCACAUCUCACUCAGAACAGAGGCCAACUUCCCCAUGUCCCUGCCUAUGCUGUUCUGCAAUAUCGAACUGAAGAUUUAUGUCCCAGAUGGCUUUGAAGAUUUUAUGGCGGCGCUGUCGGACCCGCGCGCCUUCAUGGGCGCGGCGAAGGAGCGAACUGACAAUAUGAAGCAACUAGGGAUUGAAGAAAGCGGACCGGAGAAGAAGGUCACCAUUGAAGAGAAGAAGGAAGAACCUCUCGUCUUCGAACCUAUCACCGUGGAGACUCUUCGUCAAGAGAAGGGUUUCGUGAAGACCGGUCGUAAGCACCAGAAGGACUUGGAGACUAUGCGCAAGCGUCAUUCGAAGGAGAAGAUGGCGUUGCAAAAACAGCAGUGCUCUACGCUUGAGAAAAUGAUUAAGGGAAAGAACAAGGAGCAGCUGGGCGCCGACGCGGCCUUCCGCGCGCUGGUGGGCGAGCAGUCGGCGGCGUGGUCGGAGCUGGUGGCGCGCCACCGCGCCGAGGAGUGGGGCGGCGCACGCGCACGCCUCAACGAGCAGCGCGACCUGCUCAAGCGGCUCAUGGAGCAGGCGCAGGCCGCGCAGCUCAAGCAGCUCGAGGGCAAGCACGAGCGGGAAUUGAAAGAAAUGAACGCGCGCCAAGCCAAGAUAAGCAUGGAGACGAGCAAGGAAGUCGCUAACGACAAGACCUUGAAGACCAAGCAGGAGAAAGACCGGCGGCUUAGGGAGAAGAAGCAGAACAACACUAAAAAGUUCAUGGACGAACGGAAGACUCAAACCAUCAAGCAGAACCGCGAGAAAGAAAAGUUGAAAGUAAGCCAUGACAAGCAGAUGGAAGAGCUUUCGAAGGACAUUGACAAUCUGAUCGAGAUGUACAAAAUGGAGGAAUCCGAGUACGAGAUGGCGAGUAAGAUGGAAUUCUUUGCCUGAGAGUAUCCGGACAUCGCGCCGCUUAUUCGUCAGCUGGCGCCGCAGCCGGACUCUUCGGCUGACUGAUCUCAUCACACGUAAAUAUAGAUAACCAAUCAGUGCAGCACUCAUCAUAUUUGUGAUUGGCCAGACUACUCGAACGCCCUGUGAUUGGUCAGUGUUUCUUUGUCGUUUAAGCAAAGUGAUUGGUGGUUUAAAAAUUUCCUACUGCAUUUUUAAAAUGAAUGGACUAAAUGACAUACCUUUUUAUUUGGCAACGGGUAAGCUAAUGCGAAGCACAUAACCAGUUAAGUAGAAAGCUCUGCAGGAUAACCAAGUUAGCCGAAAAACAGACCAAUGUCAUUAAUAUUCUGUCUACGCUCAGUGUUGACAUUUAAACUAUUUCUACCAAUUGUCUGUCAAACUUUUGACAGUGUAGCCGUUUAAACCAGUUUUCUACUAAAGUAACAAAUUUUUAAAAAGAUUCUGUUUCUGGUUUGUCAGUAUUGAUUCCUGUGUAAUGGAGCAGCAAGUACGUAGAAAAUAAUAUCUAUACCCCUGAAACUUUGUCAUUUGUGGCUGUCACAGUGGUAUUACAUAGCUGCCUAUUUAAAUAGUUACAUAGUGAUAUUUUCUUUGUCAUCAAAUUGGUGCAAAUGCGAUUAAUUACAGUAGACUAUAGAUUUUAAAUAUUAUGUUCCCUUUUUGUUUUUAAAUAAAGGGAAACCCGAAAAUUUGUACUUUUUCAUGUUUUUAUGUUAGAACCUAUAAAAAAAUUAUAUUGAUAACCCAUAAACGAAAAUCAUGUUACAUGGUGUUAUAUCAAAGUUUACAGAUUUACUAAUUAGUAGAAAUAGUGGUGUAAUUAGCAACACUGAAUUGGGCGAACAAAAUAAAUGCCACCCGUGUGUUUUUGCCUUACUCGGUUUACCUUACGGACUCAAGAAUGGUUACACACGGCGGCGGCGAUUAAACGCGCGUUCGUGAAAUGCGUUAUUGCAUCGCUACAUUCGCGCAUUUGUAUCGCUGCAGUCGCGCGUUUCCAUCGCUGCUUGAAGACGCGCGUGUGUGUAAAGGUAGAUGUUAGUUACUGCAUCGCGUUUGCAACCGCUCUUAAUUAUUUGCCAUCGAACUUGUUGGUCUUUAAAUACCCGUUGCCGACAGUGCAGCAGUGUGUCAAUUGAUACAGUUGAUUAAUAUGACACCUAAAAAAUUGUCUAUUAAUCCAUCAAUCAUUGCCACUAAUUGAUAUAAUAAUGAAAUGAAAUACAACAGCUGAUAGGUCUUUCAAAAAAGUGUUGUCUAGAUUUUAAUAAUCGUAUCAACGAUCGCUGUUCUUGUCUCUUUCACACAUUGUACGACGUGUUAUGAUCAUAUCGGAAUAGGCAAUGUAGAAAUUUAAUUUAAUACAC